AUGGCAGAUGACAAGGACCAGCAACAAACUACCAACACUGUAGAAGAGCCCCUGGAUCUCAUCAGGCUCAGCUUGGAUGAGUGUAUUUAUGUGAAAAUGAGAAAUGACAGAGAGCUUCAGGGCAGAUUACAUGCUUAUGAACAGCAUUUAAAUAAGAUAUUGGGAGAUGUGGAGGAAACUGUGUCUCCUACAGAGAUUGAUGAGGAAAAGAUAUAUAAAUCAACAAAACAGAAUAUUCCGAUACCUUUUGUCCAGGGAGAUGGUGUUGUACUAGUUACCCCUCCAUUAAGAGUUAGCUGA